AUGGAAAAAGUUGAGAAACGGAUAAUCAAGGUGCUAACCGUUGCACAACGGAACACCAUAAUUGACGAGUACGAGGCAAGUGGUGCAAAGGUAACAGAAAUUGCGAAGAGAUUCCAGGUACCUCAAAGUACCGUUUCAUCGAUUCUGAAAAACCGGGAGAAAUGGCGAUUGAGGAAGCUUCAAAAUGAAAAUCUCCAGGUCAAAAGAGCGAAGGCACCGGUUGACGAGCGACUGGAACGGGCACUUCAGGUCUUCAUAAGUCAAGCCAGGGAAAAUAGUAUUCCGUUGUCGGGAUUGAUUAUUCGCGAGAAGGCGUGCCAGCUAGCGAAAAAGCUUGGUGUCCCUGAAUUCCAGGGUAGCAGCGGCUGGCUCUUCAAAUUUUUAAAACGACAUAACAUAUCGUUUAAAAAAGUUUGUGGAGAAAACGCUGCGGUUGACUCUACAAUGGCUGGAAACUGGAUGACCAACGUUUUGCCAGGUUUCAUUCAAGAGUAUGACCCGAAGGACAUAUAUAAUGCGGAUGAGACCGGCUUAUUCUACAAGUGCCUGCCGGAUAGAACAUACGCGUUCAAGUCGGAAUCUUGCCAUGGCGGAAAGUAUUCGAAGCAAAGACUCACCAUUCUUUGUGCUGCAAACAUGGACGGAAGUGACAAGCUUCCUCUGCUAGUUAUUGGGAAAAGUCGGAAACCUCGAUGCUUCAAGAAUGUUAAGUCCCUGCCUGUUAAAUAUGAAGCAAACUCAAAAGCCUGGAUGACGUCAUUGCUAUUUGAAAAAUGGAUGUUGAAGUUCGAUCAGCGAAUGAGCGAUGAGGACCGGAAAAUUUUGAUGUUUGUGGACAACUGUACGGCGCAUCCGAAGAUCUUUCUGGAAAAAUUGAAGUCGAUCAAACUUGUAUUUUUCCCUCCAAACGCAACUUCUGUUUUGCAACCUCUGGAUUUGGGAAUUAUCAAAUCUUUGAAACAUUAUUACAGAUAUGAGCUGGUUAAAGAACGAAUCCAUUCAAUGGAAAUAGAUCAGGAACAUCAAGAUAUAACCGUUUUGGAUGCUAGAAAACUUGUGUCCAAGGUAUGGAGCGUCAAAGUUAAAGCAGAAACCAUCCAGAACUGCUUCCGAAAGGCUGGUUUCGUCUUAGAAGACGAAGAUGACAUUCCAUUAGCAGAACUUGUUAGAAGGGAAGCGAUACGAAAUCAGCAAGAUUUGGCACUUGCAGAAGACGAGCUGUUUCCUGUUGAUCCUGUGGUAUCGUUUUCUGACUAUUGUGAUGUUGAUAGGAAUGUCAUAUGCAACGAGAUGAUGACUGAUGAUGAUAUUCUCGAAUUUGUUACUGGAGGAGACCUCGCACACGAUGAGCCCGAAGAUGUUUUGUCAACCACAUUUAACAACAUGCAGUCUUCAGAACUAGGGCUGUGCAAAUAUCGAUAUUAUCGAUAA